AUGACAGCCAAAGAUGUUAUUAUGAAAUUGAACAAAGAUGCUGAAUACAAUGCACUCACAGCUGAAUUUCAAGGAAAUGAUACUAAAUUCGUUGGAGAAUAUGAAAAUGUCAGAAUACCAUCAGAUAAGAAGGAAUUCAUUAAAGAUGCUUUCAGAAAAGUAGCUACUGCCUGUAAACCCACAUUGAAGAAUCUUUCUUUGAGAUAAAAUUGGUUAGAUUUGUAAGAUAGAGUGUAUAAUAGAGCAUAAUACUACACAACUGAUGCAAAUUCAUGCAUUAGCGAUGCAAGAAAUGUAGCUGAGGUUAAUGUUUGCUGCGACAAUUAUAUUCAAAGACUCAAUAAUGAUUUCUAUAACGAUGUCUUGCAAAUAUUAAAAGAUUAUUGAGAUAUUUCAUUUAUUAAAUAUAUACAAAAAACAAAAUAUAUUAAUAUAUAAA